UUGUUAUGUUUAAAAAUGUAUUGUUUCGUGUGCAAAGUUCGCGAUAAUACAGUUUCACAUCACCUAUUCCCGAAAGACCCAGACGUACGACAGCAUUGGCUGCGGUUAUUUUCUUUCGAGGAAGAUGAUAUUUUUAAAAAUACAAAAAUAUGUGGCAAGCACUUUGAAAAUAACUGCUUUGUAGAGGAUACGAUAUGUGGUCGUAAAACCUUACGAAAAGGAAGUGUCCCAACUUUCAUUCAGGUACCGAUUGAAGAUUGUAAAAGAGAAUUAAAUUUUGAUGAUGAAAGGACUCAGAUCAGUAAUAAAAGACAAGAGAAGCAUUCAUCUUCUUCUGUUAACUUGGAAGAACAAGCACUUACUUCACCUAAUUCAGAAGAACAAUUACCUAAGAUGCCUAAUUUGAAAGAACAAACAUUUACUUUGCAACAUAGUUUAGUGGGAUGUAAUCCAAAAAAGAAGAAAAGAACUAUAUGGCGUCCAUGUCACCCAGAGCAGGUUGAUUUAGAGACUGGUUUUCUCACACCAAGACGAGCAAGACAUAAUUUUUCUUUGGCUAUUAAUAAAAUUAGUGCUAUGAAGAAAAAAAUUAUUAAGAUGAAUAGACGGAAAAGGACAUUUAUCAAUAAAAUAAAAUCUUUUGAGGAACUUAUAAAGCAUUUAAAGCAAAAAAAUAUGCUUUCUGAGGAAGCUGACAGAAUCAUACAGGUAUUUACAAAAAAUUAUAGCAUAUUGUAAUUGCAUAUUGUAAGCUUAAAGCUGAUCAAUUAAUUUAAGUAAUUCGUUAAUGAGGUUUUUUUGCAAUGUCUUAUUAUUGUAAAGUCAAUCCUUUUAUUUUUAUUGUUAUUAUUUUUAUGUAUUAACUCAAUUAACUCCUUAUACUGUUAAUGUAAUUUUGGUUUAACAUUGUUUUUUAGUGAUUUGUCUUUGUAUUAUUUUGUGACACAGAGUUUGUGGGUUCGUCCCGUUUCUGUGCCUAUAGUGUUAAUAAUAAAUAAAUAAAUGUAUGAAAGAAUG